GUCUCCGUACUAAAGAAAACCUGCCUCUCUAUGCUUUCAUUCGCAGUUCGCACACCCUUCAUCUCUACUAGCCAAAACACAAAACGGACAGAGGAAAAUACACGGCAAAAUAUUUAGUCUCAUCACUGGAGUGUAGCUGUUGUCAAGGACCUUCAACAAAAUGGAGAUAUAUAACGGUCCUGCAAUAUGGCAUAAUCCUUUCAUUAGUGUGCAUUUCUUUCCGAAAAAUGAAUUGAUCGGCGUUGACGGCAGAAAGAAAUAACGCUAUUGUGCAAGUAACUCCCUCGUUUCAUAUGGAUGUUAUGAUAAAAUAACUGUAUUUCACACAGAUGACACAUUUAUGGCUGAGACGGACAGUUCUUCUGAAAUAGACAGUCAGCUGAAGUGAAUACAAUAAAGAUGAAUCUCUUAUAGAGAAGCUCCCUGGAUUGCAAAGGAUCAAGGUGAUAUUCGUAAAUUGCAGUCCAGGAGGGUUCAGCGGCGCGGAGAGGUGACGUUGACCGGAUGCGUGUAGCGGAGCGUGCCGUGUGGCUUUGACCAUGAGCCGGCUGAUGUUGGGCCGGACCCUGGAGCGGAUCUGCAAGGCUGUGCUGUUGCUCUGCCUGGUGCACUUCCUCAUCAUGAUGAUCCUCUACUUCGAUGUCUACAGCCAGCGCUUUGACAUCUUCAGCCGUUUCAACAAUGGCCGUGGAGUGAACAGCUCACGUGGACCCCACCACUACUACUAUAAUUUCUCCAGUGGAAGGCCCAACACUACCUUUGCAAGCUACCUGGCCACAGCUGACCAUCUUAUGCCCAGCACCAAGCCAGAAGCCAACCAGACACCCCCGACCCCUAAGCCAUUACCACCAUGUCCGGAGGUACCGCCUGGUCUGGUGGGACGUCUCCUCAUCGAAUUCAGCUCCCAGAUAACCCUCGAGCGGGUGCAGAGAGAGAACCCUAAUGUGACCGAAGGGGGGAAAUACACUCCUCCAGACUGCCGGCCAAAGCAAAAGGUGGCCAUCAUCAUCCCGUUCAGGCACAGAGACAACCACCUGAAAUAUUGGCUUCACUACCUGCACCCAGUCCUGCGCAGACAGAAGAUCGAUUAUGGGAUCUAUAUCAUCAACCAGCUUGGCGAGGACACCUUCAAUCGGGCCAAGCUUCUGAAUGUUGGCUACACGGAGGCUCUUAAAGACGCAGAAUACGACUGCUUCAUUUUCAGUGACGUAGACCUGAUCCCUAUGGAUGACCGGAACCUGUACCACUGUUACGACCAGCCCCGUCACUUUGCCAUUGCCAUGGACAAAUUCGGCUUCAGGCUGCCCUAUGCGGGGUACUUUGGAGGGGUGUCCGGCCUUAGCAGAAAACAGUUCCUCAAAAUCAAUGGCUUCCCUAAUGAGUACUGGGGUUGGGGAGGUGAAGAUGACGACAUUUACAACAGAAUCACACUAAAUGGGAUGAAAGUGUCCCGGCCCGAUGUGAGAAUCGGCCGCUACAGGAUGAUCAAGCAUGAGAGAGACAAGCACAAUGAGCCAAACCCCCAGAGGUUCACUAAGAUCCAGAACACCAAGAACACCAUGAGGAAAGAUGGGAUCAGCUCACUGAUGUACAGAGUGGUGUCUGUGAAGAAAUACCCGCUCUACACCAACAUUUCCGUAGAGAUCGGCAAGCCUCCUCCUAGACCUCUCAAAGGAUAGAGAGCAACUGGGUCUUGACCGAGGAUGCCGUGACCUUCUUAAAGUUCAGCGCACAAACACACACACUCAAGCUCUGCCCAGGAUCACCUUCCUAAGAUAAUGCAGUGAAAUGCUGAACAGGUUCGUUCUCAGGAAUACGUGGAAGCUUGAUGUGGAUCCAUCGAUGUGCUGUUGAUUCAUAUGCUGAUCCAGAUCAAGAUGUGCAGUGUUUAGAGGAACAGGAAUAUUAUCAUCAUACUCCACUGGCUGUUUUAUUCAGACCUUGAGGAUCAGUACAGGAUUUUAGGCUCUUAACGGGAAGGUUGUUGAGUUCUGGUUUUGGUAAGUGAUGUUUAUCUGCGAAGAACAGCCUGGUCAAUUGAUGUAAAUCAGUCCGAACAUACACUACUCUACAUUUCAAAAGCGAAUGUGUCUUUGUACCUGCGAUGCUUGCAGCGUUCAAUCUCUUCUUUCGUUUCUCAGAUGUUGGUUGAUCAUGUGAGGUUGAUAAAUCAGUGCUUGAGUUGGCUCCUUCGGAUUGUGUCCAUAUCUCUCUCUUGCGCUUUUAUGUUGUUUCCUCUUUUGGGACUAAGCUGAAGUUCUCACUUCUCAGCAUUUCUGGGGGUGAAACCCUCGUUGGGAUGUCUUCUUGGGAACUUGGGGGACAAUUUUGUGUGUGAUUAGACUGGAUCUGGACUAGUCCUACAAGCACAUGACUGUGUCAGUCAAUCUGGUACGAAUGGCUGCCUUGUAGAUGCCUGGAGAAACAGCGGUAACAUUCGCUGAGAGUUGAGGAGCUUCUGCAGAAGUUACUGAUGAUCAGACCUCUGUAUCAUUCACCACCUGCUCAAUACUGACUGUGCUACAAGCCACUCUUUCUUUGUUUACUUUGAUUUGCCUGAAAGAUUCAUAUUUAGAUGUCAUAUAUCAAGGCUUUUUUUAAAAACUUGAAGUAUGAAGUUAGCAAUGAGUGCUUUGAUCAAAUAAUGCCCAUAUCAUUCAGAGUCCAGGGUCCAAAAUCAACAUUUUUCCACACCUUUCAAUUCAAGUGAAUUAAAAACAUUCACCAUAGUAAUUAUUUCUUACAGGCUAUAACUCAUAUUGCCAUUUUUUUAUUUAAAAAAAAAUGUGUGUCUCUAACAAAGGAAUUGUUAUUAGCUGUCUUUUAUGCAUAUUUGUAAGAGCACAGUUCACCAAGAAGUUUGUUCGGCCUUAACUGUGCAAUAAUAACGAGAAGUCCUAUAAUUUUGUUCAUUUAUAUUUUUGUUUUGAUAGCUUAAUAUGAAGAUUUUUUAUAAACUACCCUUCAAAUGUUUGGGGUCAGUAAGAUAUAUCUGAAGAAAUAACACUUUUAGUCUAUGAAUGCUUCUACAUUUUUAUAGUUUAAAUUUCAGAUAAAUGCUCCUUAGAAUUUCUGUUCAUAAAAGAUGAAUUACAUGUAUGAAAAUUCAUAGCAGCACAGUGUUUUUAACGUUGGUAACAAUGAGAAAUGUUUCUUGAGUGCCAAAUCAGUUUAUUAGAAUGAUUUCUGAUGCAUCAUGUGACUGGAGUAAUGGCUGCU